UCGUAGUCUUUGGACGGGCGUGCGGGGGCCCGGGUGCGUCCCCUCCGUUAGGCCCCAGGUCUGCGCGCGGCGCUCUCCGAGGCCGUGCUGACACCGCGCGGCGCCAGCGCCGAAAGGCCACCGGGCCCGGGUUUCCGUCUCCCCCCACUGCCCACCUGGGGAGCGCUUUCAGCACCCGCCUACUACGUGGGCACCUUCCCUCGUUACCGCCCCGACGGCUGUCCCAGCGGGGUGCCCGGUUCGGCCACACGCCGGGAGGGUCCUCCAGGCGACGCCAGCCGUCGGGGCCCGGGCCGCCAGGGGACGCCGUUCGUCCGCCCGGUGCUCCAGGCCCUAAUGCAGAGCGCGCAUGCGCAGAGCGUCCCUUCCCCCACCCCGCGCCCGCGCCCAUCGACCCCAACGCGGCCCACCGAGCCAUGGAACCCACCGCAGUGGGUGCGAUUCCGGCGCUGCCGUUAGUUCGCUCCGGCGCCUUCCCCCCGUGAGGCCCACGGGCGCACGGCCGCCUGCCUGGGCCCCUUCGCCCGCCUCCGCGCUCGGCGGGGCGCGCGCCGCGUCCCCGCGGCCUGUCCCCGCGCGUGCGCGCUCCGCCGAGCGUAUGUGUGUGAGUGUGUGUGCGGCCGAGGGGAGGGCCGCCGCCGCCGCCGCCGACGAUGCCGCGGGGCCGCCCCCCGAAGCCCAAGGAGAGCAAGGCGCGCGGCGACUCCGAUGGAGUUUUAACAUUGAAUGCGGAGAACGCUAAUUAUGCCUAUCAAGCGCCAAACUUCCAUAAAUGUGAAAUCUGUCUGCUAUCUUUUCCAAAAGAGUCCCAGUUCCAGCGCCACAUGAGGGACCACGAGCGGAACGACAAGCCACAUCGAUGCGACCAGUGCCCCCAAACCUUUAAUGUUGAAUUCAACCUGACCCUGCACAAAUGUACCCACAAUGGGGAGGACCCUACCUGUCCUGUGUGUCACAAGAAAUUCUCCAGAGUGGCCAGUCUCAAAGCGCACAUUAUGCUGCAUGAGAAGGAGGAGAACCUCAUCUGCCCCGAGUGCGGGGACGAGUUCGCCCUGCAGAGCCAGCUGGCCACCCACCUGCAGGAGCACCGGCAGGAGCUGGCGGGCGGCCGCGCCCACACCUGCAAGGCCUGCGGGAAGGAGUGCGCCGCGGCGCCGCAGCUGAGGGAGCACCUGAAGAGCCACCACAGAAUCAGGAUGUCCAGCACCAGGUCGUACAACCGGAACGUCGACAGGAGCGGAUUCACCUACUCGUGCCCGCACUGCGGGAAGACGUUCCAGAAGCCGAGUCAGCUCACGCGGCACGUGAGGAUACACACAGGCGAAAGGCCCUUCAAGUGCAGCGAGUGCGGGAAGGCCUUUAACCAGAAGGGGGCGCUGCAGACGCACAUGAUCAAGCACACAGGCGAAAAGCCGCACGCCUGUGCCUUCUGUCCUGCCGCCUUUUCCCAGAAGGGGAACCUGCAGUCCCACGUGCAGCGAGUGCACUCGGAGGUCAAGAAUGGCCCUACCUACAACUGCACAGAGUGCAGCUGUGUGUUUAAGAGUCUAGGCAGCUUGAACACGCACAUCAGCAAGAUGCACAUGGGCGGGCCGCAGAGCGCCGCCGGCUCCACAGAGACGGCGCACGUCCUCACGGCCACGCUGUUUCAGACUUUGCCUCUUCAGCAGACAGAGGCCCAGGCUGUGUCGGGCCCGGGCCAGCCCAACUCCCAGGCAGUGACCGACGUCAUCCAGCAGCUGCUGGAGCUCUCGGACCCCGGGCCGGCCGAGCCCAGCCAGGCCGCGCAGCCGGGCCAGCAGCUCAGCAUCACGGUGGGCAUCAGCCAGGACAUCCUGCAGCAAGCCUUAGAAAACAGUGGGCUGUCUUCAAUUCCAGCUGCAGCACACCCCAGCGACCCCAGCCACGCCAAGACUGCUGUGCCGGGCCAGGACCCGGACCUCCCCGAUGCGCCCCGCGAGCCAGCCGACCCUGCCGACGCGGAGCCGGAGAAGGAGCAGGAGAGCCCAGAGAAGCUGGACAGAAAGGAGAAGAAGCUCAUCAAGAAGAAAUCACCGUUUCUCCCUGGCUCCAUCCGCGAGGAGAACGGGGUCCGCUGGCACGUGUGUCCCUACUGCACCAAGGAGUUCCGGAAGCCCAGCGACCUGGUUCGGCACAUCCGCAUCCACACGCACGAGAAGCCCUUCAAGUGCCCGCAGUGCUUCCGCGCCUUCGCGGUGAAGAGCACGCUGACCGCGCACAUCAAGACGCACACGGGCAUCAAGGCCUUCCAGUGCCAGUACUGUCUGAAGAGCUUCUCCACUUCCGGGAGCCUCAAAGUGCACAUCCGCCUGCACACAGGAGUCAGGCCCUUUGCCUGUCCUCACUGUGACAAAAAGUUCCGGACCUCCGGCCACAGGAAGACGCACGUGGCUUCCCACUUCAAGCACUCCGAGCUGAGGAAGAUGCGGCACCAGCGGAAGCCGGCCAAGGUCCGAGUGGGCAAGGCCGGCGCCCCCGUCCCCGACAUUCCCUUGCAGGAGCCGAUCCUCAUAACCGAUGCAGGUCUCAUCCAGCCCAUUCCGAGAAGCCAGUUUUUCCAGAGCUACUUCAACAACAGCUUCGUGAGCGAGGCGGACCGGCCGUACAAGUGCUUCUACUGCCACCGCGCGUACAAGAAGUCCUGCCACCUCAAGCAGCACAUCAGGUCGCACACCGGCGAGAAGCCCUUCAAGUGCCCCCAGUGUGGGCGAGGCUUCGUCUCUGCGGGCGUGCUCAAAGCCCACGGCAGGACGCACACGGGGCUGAAGUCCUUCAAGUGCCUCGUCUGCAACGGGGCCUUCACCACGGGCGGCAGCCUGCGGCGGCACAUGGGCAUCCACAACGACCUGCGGCCCUACAUGUGCCCCUACUGCCAGAAGACCUUCAAGACCUGCCUGAACUGCAAGAAGCACAUGAAGACCCAUCGCUACGAGCUCGCGCAGCAGCUGCAGCAGCACCAGCAGGCCACCUCGCUCGACGGCAGCGCCAUGGACCAGCAGGGCGUGCACGUGUCCACGCAGAUGCAGGUCGAGGUCGAGAGCGCUGAACUGCAGCCGCCUGCAGACGCCGUCGCCGCGAACCCCGAGGCCAUGCUGGACCUGGAGCCGCAGCACGUGGUGGGCGCAGAGGAUGAGGGGCUGGGCCAGCCGUUGGCAGAGCCGCCCCUGGAGGCCGAUGAAGACAGGUUUGGGGCUCCGCAGCACGCGCUGCCUGGGCACAUGGACCAGUUCGAGGAGCAGGCUCCCGCACAGCAGCCCUUCGAGCCGGCCGGCCUGCCGCAGGGUUUCGCGGUGACGGACAGCUACAGCCAGCCGGCCCCGUUCCCGCCCGUGCAGCAGCUGCAGGACUCCAGCGCGCUGGAGGCGCAGGCCCUGUCCGCCAGCUUCCACGGGCAGGGCCUGCUGCCCGUGCCCGGCUCCGAGCCCGCUGCUGGGACGACGCCUUUGAUGGAAGAGCCGUCCCAAGAGGAGCUGGACCUGCCGCCGCCCCGCCGCCCGUUCCUAGAGGACAGCGAGGACCAGAGCCGGCGCUCCUACAGGUGUGACUACUGCCACAAGGGCUUCAAGAAGUCCAGCCACCUGAAGCAGCACGUGCGGUCGCACACUGGGGAGAAGCCCUACAAGUGCAAGCUCUGUGGGCGCGGCUUCGUCUCCUCCGGCGUGCUCAAGUCCCACGAGAAGACACACACAGGCGUGAAGGCGUUCAGCUGCAGCGUGUGCCACGCGGCGUUCACCACCAACGGCAGCCUCACCCGGCACAUGGCGACGCACAUGAGCCUGAAGCCCUACAAGUGCCCGCUCUGUGAGCAGGGCUUCCGCACGGCCGUCCACUGCCGACAGCACGUGAGGAGGCACCAGGCGGGCCCCUGCGCCCCCUCGGCGCCCGCGGAGGCCGGCGAAGGGGCAGACGUGUGCGUGGAGGAGGAGGAAGAAAACUCUGAGAGAGGCGCGUGGAGGAAGGUGCGUCCCGAGGUCAUCACCUUCACAGAGGAGGAGACGGCGCAGCUGGCCAAGACCCAGCCCCAGGAGAGCGCCACCGUCUCGGAGCAGGUGCUGGUGCAGUCGGCCGCCGAGAAGGACCGCGUCAGCGAGCUGAAGGACCGGCAGGCCGAGCUGGAGGCCGAGCCCAGGUUCGCCAACCGCUGCUCCUACUGCCCCAAGAGCUUCAAGAAGCCCAGCGACCUCGUCAGGCACGUGCGGAUCCACACCGGGGAGAAGCCGUACAAGUGCGACGAGUGUGGGAAGAGCUUCACCGUGAAGUCCACGCUGGAUUGCCACGUGAAGACGCACACAGGUCAGAAGCUCUUCAGCUGCCACGUGUGCAGCAACGCCUUCUCCACCAAGGGCAGCCUGAAGGUGCACAUGCGGCUGCACACGGGGGCCAAGCCCUUCAAGUGCCCGCACUGCGAGCUGCGCUUCCGCACGUCCGGCCGCAGGAAGACGCACAUGCAGUGCCACUACAAGCCCGACCCCAGGAAGGCCAGGAAGCCGGUGACCCGCAGCGCGUCCGAGGGGCUGCAGCCUGCUGGCCUGCUGAGCCCCGCCCCUGCCGACCCCAACGUGCUGAUCAUGAACAGUUCGGUCCUGACUGGCCAGUUCGAGCCCAGCCUGCUGCAGCCCGGGCUGGUGAGCCCGGCCGUCCUCCCCGGCUCCGUGUCAGCCGGCAGCGACUGGACGGUGUCCCUGACCGAUGGGAGCCUGGCCGCCCUGGAGGGCAUCCAGCUGCAGCUGGCGGCCAACGUGGUGGGGCCCAACGUGCAGAUCUCUGGGAUCGACGCCUCCGGCAUCAACAACAUCACGCUGCAGAUCGACCCCAGCGUUCUGCAGCAGACCCUGCAGCACAGCAGCCUGCUCGCCCAGCCGCUGGCGGGGGAGGCGGCCGGGGCCCCGCACGGCGGCUCCCUGCAGGCCACGGACGGCACGGGGCCGGCCAGCGUCGUCAUCCAGCCCAUCGCGGGCCUGUCCCUGCAGCCCACCGUGACCUCGGCCAACUUAACCAUCAGCCCCAUGGCGGAGGACUCCGUGCUGACCACCAGCAGCGGCGGGACUCCGGAGCUCGCCCAAGUGAUGUCGUCCCAGGGCCUGGUGUCCGCUGGCAGCGGCCCCCACGAGAUCACGCUGACCAUCAACAACUCGAGCCUCAGCCAGGUGUUGGCCCAGGCCGCCGGCCCCGCCGCCUCGGCCUCGGGGUCCCCGCAGGAGAUCACCCUCACAAUCUCCGGUCAGGACCUCAUCCAGCACAGCCCCGGCGGGGGCGGCGAGCUGAACGGGACCAUCCGGCUGUCCGCGCCGGCCGUCGGGAGUCAGCCCGCCGGCGCCACCCUGACCAUCAGCAACGACCAGCUCCUGGCCCAGACCGCGACGCUGACCUCCUCAGAGCUCAGCGCUGCGGCUGGCGGCCUCCCCUGCACCGCCCCGGCGUCCCCGCCGGCCAUCUCCGCGCAGAACCUGGUCAUGUCCUCCUCAGGAGUGGGGGGCGAGGCCAGCGUCACUCUGACCCUGGCCGACACGCAGGGCUUGCUCUCCGGAGGACUGGACACGGUCACGCUCAACAUUGCUUCUCAGGGCCAGCAGUUCCCGGCCCUGCUCGCCGACCCCUCGCUCACGGGCGCCGGGGGAGCAGGCUCGCCGCAGGUCAUCCUCGUGAGCCACACCUCCCAGCCCGCGUCGGCUGCCUGCGAGGAGAUCUUCCAGGUGACCGACGUCUCCGCCCACCUGGCGCCGCCGCCCGAGAAGGAGGGCCGGCUGCACCCCUGCGCGGAGUGUGGCCGCGGCUUCGCCUCCUCGGCCCUGCUGCUGCAGCACAGCAAGGACGCGCACGGGCGGGAGCGCAUCCACGUGUGCCCCGCCUGCAGCAAGGCCUUCAAGCGGGCCACCCACCUCAAGGAGCACAUGCAGACCCACCAGGCGGGCCCUUCCCUGAGCUCGCAGAAGCCCCGGGUGUUCAAGUGCGACACCUGUGAGAAGGCCUUCGCCAAGCCCAGCCAGCUGGAGCGGCACAGCCGCAUCCACACAGGGGAGCGGCCCUUCCACUGCACGCUGUGCGAGAAGGCCUUCAACCAGAAGAGCGCGCUGCAGGUGCACAUGAAGAAGCACACGGGCGAGCGGCCCUACAAGUGCCACUGCUGCGCCAUGGGCUUCACCCAGAAGAGCAACAUGAAGCUGCACAUGAAGCGGGCGCACAGCUACUCCGGAGGCUUGCAAGAGCCCGCCGGUGCCCAGGAGCAGGCCGUGGAGGAGCUGGGCCAGACCCUGCACCUGGAGGAGGUGGUGCCCGAGGGUGCGGGCGAGUGGCAGGCGCUGGCCAACGUCUUCUGACGCAGCCCGCCUCUCCCUCGGACGUCUCCGGAGGCCCCCGUGGUGCAGAACGGAGCCCUUGGAAUGUCUGUUUCGGAGCUUCGAGUGUUAAACAUGCCGUCACAGCAGUCUUUAGCUCUCGAGUUGUCUGAAGAAUCAUUGUCUUUCAGAGACGGGGAAGUGGGGGAGCAUCUCACCCGCCCGCAAAUCACUGAACUCAGGUACCACAACGGGCGUCUCCCGCCCGCCCUGCAGCCGGCGCGUCUCGGCCCCAUGAGCUGACGGGGCCUGCCGGCGUCCUAGGGCGAUUUCUUUGCGUUAGCAAAGGCCGUGGCGUGGCCGCGGGAGAGGCCCGACUCCCCUCGUGCUUUCUGUUCUAAGAAGCAUCGCUCGUGGAGCACACGUCAGGUCGGCGCCCGCAGCUCGGAAACACGUCAGGGCCCAGGGAGGGCUCCCGUGUUCCGCUCCGUGUUGUGGAGCGAGUGGAAGUGGACUCUUCAGUCUGUGGUGAGUCCGUGGAAAUGACACCUCGAGAGACGGCUGGACCAGUUCUCUCCCCGUCCCCACGCCUGAUCACUGGGUACCCGAAGGCGGCCCCCGGGCGUCCGCAUGG